AAGACCACGCCCCCUUUUUGUGUAUUCGUGUGGGCGGAGCUUAGUCAAAAAACUGUUUUAGUGACGUCAUUACUGCAGGAACUAGAGGGAUGUAGUCCAAACGGGUCGUUUUUUGUAGGCGAAUUCUGUUAAAUAAAAUAUCUCGCUUGGCCUUGAACUUUGAGCUUUACAAUUUUACAGAUAUUAUUUAUACUCUAACAACAACAUUACACACUAACUAAAGUUUAAAACAUGGGAUCACGAAGAACGGGACCUUUAAAGUUUACAAUGUAAUUAAUAUGAUUGAAUGAAUAAUAAGAUUCACAAGAUUACUCAGUCAUCAUGACCUAUUAUGAACAUUAUGUUAAACAUCUAACAGGUCAAUCUGCUUUGAAUGAAUUCCUAGUUGAUGACUGUAAUUACCAAUCAUAUCCUCCUCCUUAUUGGGAGGCAACAAAUAUUCUCAACUCAUCCCCAUACUUUUAGUUUUGUUUCUACUUAAAUAUGUAGUUAAUCUCACUAUAAAUGUGCUGUGGCUUACAAAGUGUUGACCAUUAGACUUUUACAGAACCAUGCCUCAUCUCUUGAAUCUUCUGUUGCUGUUUUGCCUUUUCAGCGAAACCACCCCUAUAUUUGUGAUAGGGAGAAAGGGUGACAGCGUUGCACUGUCCUGUGGAUAUGAGGGCAGUGAGAUUCCUGAUAUUGUUUUGAGUCGGUCAGGAGACAUAUCUGUGUGUGAGACUGAAGAAUGUAGAGGACGAGUGUUUAAAGAAGGAAACUGUGACGUCGUCAUCAAGAAUCUGAUCUUCAGUGACGCUGGGAAAUACACUUUGAGAAUCUAUUACAAUAAUGGCUUGGAGCCACAAAUCAAGAUUUACCAACUUUGUGUUGAUGAUGAGGUCUCUGUGAACAUCGGUGAGCAGCUGAAGUUAGAUGUUCUGUUGUCAGAAGCUGAUAAAGUCCAGCAUCAGAGCAGAAGAAGCACAGACUGGAAGGAGGAUUGGAGCAGAAGUGAUGGAGUUCAGAGCCAAAGAAUCAGCAUCAGAGAUAGAAACCUGAUCAUUAGUAACUUUACAGCCAGAGAUGCAGGAACAUAUGAAGUUCUGGACUCUAAAGGAGAAAUAUUGAUCAUGGUGAAAGUCAGAGUAUCCUCUACAGCAUCUGCAAAAUCAGGCUCAAGGGGAAAACUAAAUAACACCGAUGAACAUAGUAAUGAUAACACCGAAGAACAUAGUAAGUAA